AUGGUCUCUGAUAAAGCCCCCGAGAUCUUUGAGUGGAAGGCAAAAGACGGAUCCACUUUUCAAUGCUCUGACUCGUUCCUCCAAAACUGGUUGCACACAACCUUACACUGGUCUGAAUGUCGGGCUACACAAGCAGCUCAGAAGAUACCAAGCAACUGGGAGGUAGUGUGCGAGAAUGCAUUUUUACGUUUGGCAUACACGAUAAAGGAGGAAGACAUCCCUACAGAACUCUAUGUUAACUCGGACCAAACACAGGUGAUCUACGCACAAGGAUCGAACAUGACGUGGGCAAAGACAGGAUCCAAACAAGUCUCGACCAUCGGAAAUGACGAAAAACGCACAUUUACAAUCAUGGUGUCUAUCACCAACGACGGCACAGUACUCCCACUCCAGGCCAUCUACCAAGGUCAUUCAAAGGUUUCUUGUCCCAGCGCGAACUUGGAUCACUAUGAGGAGUGCAUGGAUGCAGGCUUCCUUUUCGAAUACUCUGACACGAAAACAUAUUGGUCCACCCAAGAGACCAUG